UCUUGUUCAAUUUAGAGAGAGACAGACAGAGAUACAGAGUUCUUGACAAUAUGAAUACACCAGAAAAGACACAGAUAGGAAGUGCACCGCAUAAUUUUCAGGAGUCUCCCGUGUUUAAUUAUAUCAACAGUCUUUCGCCUAUUCAACCAGUUAAGUCUACGCACAUUUCACAGACAAUCACUGCGCUUAGUUUUGCGUCUAUACAAUCUGCCUGCACAUCCUCCUAUGUCAUUUCCAGAAAGCAGCCAAAACCCUUGCAAAGGCGUUGCUUUUAUGAAGUGUCAAAGCGUGAGUCUUCUAUUGUUCGAAAUGAAGGAAACAGAAGUUUCGAGGUUCUAGAUGACAUUGAGGUGUCGCAAGAAUGCCCUGCUCAAGAGGCUAUUUUUGAUACAUCUUUUGAGAACUCGGAGUUUGUGAUUGAGUUGGCUGGCACCUUAAAGUGUGAUUGUGGUUCUCCUAUCAGUGACUUCACUUUCCAUGACAGCAAGAUGAAUCCUAUGUCGGAAAUGAAUAGCCCUUCAGCAUCACUUGUUCAAAGCGUUAAUAUUUCCUUGGAGUCGUUUGGAACUGAAGUUGAUGAUUUGGCUGGUUCAUGUCAGCUGGAUGAAAUGGAGGAAGAAACAGGAUGUUGUUGGGAAAAUUUAAUAUGUGAUGAGUCUAAUCUGCUACUCUUUGAUUCAUUUACCGAUAUAGAGGCUCAUAAUGUGGAGGACCAGAAUGUGGUGGAUUACCGUGAGACUUGUUCUUUAACUUCUCUGUCAUCUGAAUUACUAACCGAUGAUGAUUCGCCUACUCCAAAACCUAUUGAUUUGGUUGAUUGUGGACAACAUGAAGGAAAAGAACAUUUAAUUCAACGAGCAGAAGUUCAAGAGCAGAAGGAAACUGAUGGCUCUAUUAGUAAUUCACAAGGUGACCAAAAUGCAAGUGAGAAAAUGGACGACAGACUGAGAAAUAGUAGUUUGCUAGCUUGUGAGGCCGACUCUCAUCAGCAACACAACAUGCGAAGGCGAUGCCUACUUUUUGAGAUGGCAGAAUCUGAUAAAGAGAACUUCGAUAAUCGUUCAGCUGUAUCACAGGCUAAUGGAAAAUCUAAUACUAAUGAUAUGAAGUCGGUUAAGCCCAAGUUUGGAAAUGGUUCCACACCAUGUAUGCUACCUGGUAUUGGUCUGCACUUGAAUGCUCUUGGAGCUUCUGCAAAGGAUUGUAAAAUUGUCAAGCGUGAACCUCUUGCUUCUAGAAGUCAAUCAGCCACCACGCUGGGUUCUAUCACUUCGUGUCUGGAUCAUUCUCGCGAGGAAAUACUUCUUCGCGAAGACUUGGAUAAGAAAAUUACCAAAUCUGAGAUGUGUGAUGCCAAAAAUGGGGUCCUGGAUGCUCCUGCUGCGUUUGGAAUUAGCGAAGAAUUUAACCAGGGGAACCUGAAGAAGAAGAAGAAAAGCAACAGAGUGGAACAAGAUGGAGAUAGUGAAGGUUGCAAGAAUUGUAACUGUAAGAAGUCAAAAUGCUUAAAACUUUACUGUGAAUGUUUUGCUGCUGGAAUCUACUGCAUAGAGUCCUGCUCAUGUUUAGAAUGCUAUAACAUACCUGCGCACGAAGAUACUGUUCUGGCAACUCGAAAGCAGAUCCUAUCUCGUAAUCCACUUGCAUUUGCUCCUAAAGUGAUCAGAAACUCCAAAUCUGUUACCGAAAUUUGGGAAGAACCUAGCGAAAUAUCUGCUCGGCAUAAAAAAGGAUGCAACUGCAAGAAAUCAGGUUGCAUCAAGAGAUACUGUGAAUGCUAUCAGGGUGGGGUUGGUUGCACGAUCGGCUGUAAAUGUCAAGGGUGUCAAAAUACAUUUGGCAGAAAAGAUGCCGAAGCAGAAGAAAAAACUGAAACCUGUAUAAAGGAAAAGGUUGAUGAAAGUUUAUCAAAAAACAAAGAACUGAAGGAUGAAGAGCAAGCUUCAGUUCAACUUCCGUGCCUGCCUCCUCUUCCUUCCGCGAUUCACAGUGGGAUACCUUGUGUACCUUCCAAUGUUGCUCAAUCGCCUACUAGUCGAACACUUGAGUCAGAUUUUGUACCAGACAUUAUGUUGCAUUUCCAAGACGAAAGGCCCGAGGUUCUGAAAGGCAAUUGCUUACCCAUGGCUGGAGUGAAGACCGCCUCUCCAAACAGUAAGAGGGUCAGAGUUCCUCAGAAUGAGUUUGUGUUUCAAAAAAGCAGAAAAUUGGUACUGAAAUCUAUAUCUUCUCAGAGUAGGAAUAAUGCCCAGUGAUGCACUGAUCUGUUUAUAACUAUGUUGGUUGUGUGUUUGAGUCUGUAUAUUUUCACAUGUAAAAUAGUUCUGUAAAGUUCAU